UUGCUUUCGUCUAGUUGGCAACACUGACCACCACAUUCAAUAUAGGUUUGUCUUGUAAUUUGUUAUAAACAAACAAACAAACAAUAGUAAAUAGAAUAGUUUUGUUACAAAAAUAACUAAAAACAGUUAAUUUGUGAUAAAAUCAUGAACGAACCAUUUAGUUCUAAUAUCCCUGAGCCAAGAAAAGUCGGUGUUUGGGCGGAGGGAACUCAUAUUGAGGCAAAAGAGUUCAUAAUACCGAAGAAAUCACCAGAAUCGAGUGACGAUAUACCGACGAUACCUGACCUCGAUGACUUGCAAGAUAUACUUGAGAAGGAAAUAGCGGUACCACCUUUAUCAAGUAGAAAAGAUACAGAAACAGCAAGUGCUCUAGCAGAAGUGGGAGGAGGCAUAAGUGGGUCGGUGGAAGGAAUUGAUGCAGUGUUAGAAAGGCUGUUGACAUAUAUUCCUCGAGUUGAGUCUGAAGAUGCAGACAUAGUGUGGACUGUGGACUCGUUACUCACGCAACUGGUUGAUGAAGCUCAGGAAUAUGAACCUUAAGUUACUGAAAUGACUAGUUUGAUAGGUAAAAGAAACCUAAUCUCUAGUGGUGGAAAACUCUGAAAACUUCACAUACAGUUUGUGAGACUAAUAUAUUCAUGUUUUUGUUUAUUUUCUGUGUUGAUCUCAAUAAUUUCACGACUUUGUUAUAUCUGCUUACUGAUUAGUAAAUGCAC